AUGACGAGCCGCUUCCACCACGCCACCAGAACUGAAGUCAUGACCACGCGACGCGCCACCUGCGUGGCCGCAAAGAAAUCGUACGCAGGUAAAAAAGGUGCAUCCACGCCGUGGGCGUCAAGAGGGUGCAAUACCACGUCCAAUUGCCGCGUCAAGACGCGCCGCCCCUCCUUUAGUGGCGUCACCCUGCAACGCGGCAUUGCCCGUACAGAGGCCAAUGCGUUGAGCCAAACACUCGGCGCACGUCGACAAAGCAGGAGGAUCCGUCCGUGCUUCCGCCUGCAUGAGAAAAGAGUUGCGGGAGCUCCGCAGCGAUGCCCCUCUGCCACCUCGACGCCCUCCACAGCUGGAAGAAGCAAAGCAUUUCCCAACCGUGCAAAUCCACGUCCGUGGUGCGGCAACUCGUCGGGUGCCUGUGAUUUUUAA